CCUUUCUUCCGGUGCCUCUUUCCUUAAGCGCUUUGGAAGUUUCUUAUGUACACAUGUUAUGUUUGUGCAUGGAGCUCCCAAGUACAAUAGUCCGUGUAAAUAAAACGUAUCUUUUGACGUUUUUUAAACUCUUUGGAGCGUGGUCUCAGCGGUGUGCGUUGUCUUGUAGCUAAAUACUAAAGAGCAAAAGGGCGAUUUACUAUGGCUUGUCCGAUCUAUCCAAAGGACACACCGCAGCCCACAGAGGACAUCGAAUUUCAGCAAGUACUGCGUCAAAUUGGAGGUAAAGAGAAUAUAUACUUAGUAAGUGAUACCGUCAAAUCGGAUGAGGAGGACGAAGCCAGUGGGAUAUUAAAGGAGUUCAUUCAGGACAUGUUUCAUAGCGGGCGUACUGAAAACCUUGGCACGAGCCAUACCACCAACAACACUAACGGUCAGAUUUAUUCCUCUCCAAAUAGUCAAGGGGAUACUACAAGCGAAAAUAAUGGGACAUGCGAAACAGUAAACAACUGCAAGGGUUUGCCUCAAGCCCAGGGGAACGAAAUACCUCUGUCAACGAGGCCAAAGGAUUUAGUAUUGAGUGCCAAGUCUAUGGGAGAGGAUAAAGGACCACCGAGGCUCAAUGGGAACGUCCAAAAUACCAAAACCUCAAGCAUGAACAGUUGUAGAGGAAAGCGAAUAAUAGACCAUCCUAUUAUAAUAUUCAUAUUUAGACAGGAGUUUUUCAGUGGCAGUGCAAACGCAAUUUGCCUGAAAGAAAUUCUGAAGGAUGUUAGGUCACGUGCGAAACGUGGCGGUGUCCGCCCAGCACUAGUCGGGUUAAUACGCUCAACAGGUGAGAGCAACGAGACGCGUGAAUCAGUGGGAUUUCUGGAGGGCCUGCUUCGUUCAGUGUUUCGGAAACAUCCACCAGAAGCCAUCUGGGCAGGGCAUUUCAUUCCCAAGACAGAGGAUAGGAUGCUGGCCAUCAAGAAAUACACCUGCAAAGCCAUCUAUUCGGCCCAAUCCUCAGAUAAUUCUGAGGAAAGAGGGAACAUGUUUUUAAGGCCAUUCCAAUGUUUGCCUUGGCCUAGAAGACACAACAGCCAGGCCAACAACACUUCAGCAAACAGGCAAAGAGGUGACGCUGCUAGUGCAGAGGAAGGGAUCCCUCUGAAGACUGGUGUUUUCUCCGCUGGACCCCAGGCAGAGUCCGACUGUGGUGUAACCAAAAAGGACAGUCAUGAUGACACUCAUGGGUCAUGAUUUCCCCAUGUCCAACUGUGGACAAUUCUCAAACGUUGGUCUCAAGGAACAUUGGUGUCUGUACAAGUCUGCUGUUAAGUUACAUGUCUGGCACAUUGGCCUUAGAAUCGGUAAGAGAAGAGUUGAUACAUUAGCCUGUGAUUAUGAACAAUUUGAAUUUAGCGAUAACUCAAGUUACGCAACUUAAUACAUUUAGUGUACAUGCUUAUCUUGUGAGGUUACGCUGUUACAUAACGAUCCAUGUAUGUUGUCACUUUAAAUAAUUGCCAUGUAAUAUCUGCUUUUGUUGUUACAAAGAGCUCAUCUUGAAUUGUAAAACAACAAUGAAAAAAUGUGUGACCAACAAACACUAUGACCAUUUACUUCAUUCUGUUCGGUAAGUGUGAUGUGAUGCUGUUUUCAAACGAAACACAAUACCUUGCUCCUGUUAAAGCUUUUAGAAUUUAUUUGUUUAUUUAUUUU